AUGGGUGCUUUUGGCGGGAAAGUGGACGGGAGUCCGUGGCUGAUAGAGACAAUCAGCAUCGAUACAAACGACUCCGAGGAGGACCCUCUAGGUAGGUGCCGGUGUCUCCUGUCUAGGAGGACAUCUAGGCUGAGAAAUGUAUGUACAUGCUCUAAGGAUGGCAAGAAACCGUCCCAAAACAAUACCAUCUCCCAUCUUUCCGCCUCGCUGGCCAACAAAGAGCAAGGCCUCUUUGAAAAAAGGCAGAAGGCUCACGACUCCAGGGCUUCCACUAAUGCUCCCCAAAACUAUCCUUUAUCAGGCAGGGGAUCCCAUGCCAAUAAGAAAUACCAGCUCUACAAGACAGAAAUGUGCAGGAGCCAUACAGAAAUAGGCUACUGCAGGUAUGGCGACAAAUGCCAGUUUGCACACAGCAAGGCCGAGCUCAGGUAUGUGCAGAGACAUCCGAAGUACAAGACAGAGACGUGCAAGACCUUCUGGGAGGAAGGGAGCUGUCCCUAUGGCAAGAGGUGCUGCUUCAUCCACAUCCCGAACACUGACAUAGCUAAUCUUCCGAUUCACGGUCGUCAGAGGGACAGCGGAAAGAACUGCACAGGUUACACCCUGGGCAUAGAGAUAGACGAGCAUCCACACGAUGAGCUCAUUUAUACCAAAAUCGAACAGCACAUGCCGCUCGUCGAAGGCAAUCCUCUCGACUGCCUCGGCAAGGACAGAGAAGACACUGACGAAAUAUGGAUCUCUGGGGUGUCUCAGGAUCCCUCCUGUAGAGGCCAUGGACUCAACCACUCUCACUCCGAAUCCAUCAAACAGCCCUUCGAGCCCAUCAUUGAAGACGAGUCCAGCGAGGGAAUCAUGCUUCGAAGACCUUUCUGGGAAAGCAGCUAUUCUAAGAUAUGGAUGGACGAGGAGACGUCGCUAUUCUACCUGGACGGCCCUUGUAGAAGGCGGGCCAAGGGCGGGGCCUUUGCCCCUGGAGGAGCGGUGUGCAAGUCCUUCGACAAGAAGAUAUCCGACUUUGUGUUUGGGAACUUAGGUAUGUAA